AUUUCCUGAUCUCUUAACAAAUAUUUUGAUGAUAACUGGUCUCAACCCGUGAGAAAAAGCGAGGUAGAUCUUGCCUGCUUCCUCUAAGCUACCUAGGUAGCCAACACCAACUGUUCUCGCAUUCAGGAUGGACACCAUCAACCCUGAUGAGAAGGUCAGCAAGGCUGAUAUGACCACGCAUGUCGUCCGCGACAUUGAAAACCCACUUGUCGGCAUCCCUCAAGACCGCCUGCUGCAAGAGGUGGAGGGGUAUGCUCGCUCAUAUGAACUUGACGACAUCCUUCCCCUCCUCAAGAAGGGAGCUCUAGCAGCUCAGCGGCCGGGAGAGUUCAGCGAUAUCCCGGAACUGGAUGCCGAGGAUCGGCGGUUUCUGCGUGAGGAAAAAAGCCAUCGCUGGAGACAGCCCUGGUCACUCUAUUACACCAUCAUCCUCAACUCCAUUGCCGCCGCCAUCCAAGGAUGGGACCAAACAGGCUCCAACGGUGCCAACCUAACGUUCGCCGAGCAGUUCGGCAUCCCGCAGAAAGCGCCAGGUUGCACGACUAACGCAGAAUGCAGUCGUAACGAAUGGAUUGUUGGAUUGGUCAACGCCAUGCCCUAUAUCACAAUUGCUUUUUUUGCGGGCUGGAUUUCGGAUCCUCUCAAUCAUUGGCUUGGUCGUAAACCAGUUAUUGCCAUCGCAGCAGUAUUCAGUUUGAUUGCUCCCAUCGGUUGCGCCUUGACACAAAACUGGCGUCAGCUGGUCGCAUGCCGUGUGCUUUUAGGGAUCGGAAUGGGCUUGAAAGAAGUCACCGUUCCGGUCUAUUCGGCAGAAAAUGCGCCUACCAUCAUUCGUGGCGGACUGGUGAUGUCCUGGCAGAUAUGGACCGCGUUUGGCAUCUUCUUGGGGACAUGCGCUAAUCUGGCGGUGGCCAACACGGGCAAGAUUGCCUGGCGACUGCAGCUGGGAUCAGCUUUUAUUCCGGCAGUCCCUUUGCUGCUGGGAAUUUGGUUUUGUCCCGAGUCACCCCGGUGGCUGCUAAUGAAGGACAAGCCGCGAAAAGCCUACAAGUCUUUGUUGCGGCUACGCAAUAGCCCUCUACAGGCAGCUCGCGAUCUCUAUUACAUUCACGCGCAGAUCAAGAUGGAGGCCCGGCUCCUCCAGGAAUCUCAUUAUGCAAAGAACAAUGUCUUCAAGCGCUUCCUAGAACUAUUCACCGUUCCUCGGAUUCGACGCGCCACCCAGGCCUCGGGAAUUGCAAUGAUUGCGCAGCAAAUGUGCGGCAUCAAUAUCAUUGCUUUCUAUUCGUCCACUAUCUUCGAGGAGGCCGGGGCCAGUAACAUAGAAGCACUACUGGCCUCAUUCGGGUUUGGCCUUGUCAAUUUCAUUUUUGCCUGGCCCGCGGUCUGGACCAUCGACACCUUCGGCCGGCGCUGGCUCCUCCUGGCCACCUUCCCCAAUAUGUGCUGGACACUGCUGGCCGUGGGCUUCUGCUUCUGGAUCCCAGAGGACAGCAGAGCCCACCUGGGCAUGAUCGCACUCUUCAUCUACCUCUUUAACGUCUUCUACUCACCUGGCGAGGGCCCUGUCCCCUUUACAUACUCAGCCGAGGUCUUCCCGUUAUCACACCGUGAAGUUGGCAUGGCUUGGGCUGUUGCCACGAAUAACUUCUGGGCGGCUGCCUUAUCCUUGACCUUCCCUUAUAUGCUGCGCGAUUUCAAGCCACAAGGGGCAUUUGGCUUCUACGCAGGACUGAACAUUGUUGCUUUGAUUUUAAUCUUUUUCUUCAUGCCUGAAACUAAGCAGCGUUCUCUUGAGGAGCUGGAUCAUAUUUUCAGCAUAUCUACCCGCGCUCAUGCCUGGUAUCAAUUAACCGAGUCGUUGCCUUGGUGGUUUCGUCGCUAUCUAUUCGGGCGCAAGGAUGCAGUCUGUCGGGAUUUAUAUGCUCAUUUGGAGGUGGAUAUUAUCCCAGUGCAAAACAAAGCAGAGGAGCUGGAGUCUGUUUGAUGCGGUAUGAGGGAUGAAGUGUUGAUGAGAAAUGGUUUUUUUUUUUUCUUUUU